AUGAAGCCGGUUGUUUCAUCAGGCAAGGCGUGGUUCUGUACAAUCGUAUCUGCAUUCGGUGUUGUGAUCCUUUCAGUGAUCGGACACCUUUUUAAAACCAACCAUGAAUCCUUCGUUGGGUCUAUCACCGAUCCAGAGGAUGGUCCAGCGGUUGCGCACACGGUUUUCAUUGCUGCAUUUGUGUAUCUUCUGUUCUUCCUAUUCUGUGGAUCGCAGAUCUGGAUGGGCAAGAAAAAGCCAUCCAUUGAAUUACGUUAG